UCACGUUCAGUGUCCACAGUCCAGCAGGUGAGAGUUCACAGUUUCCCUUAUCCACAGUGUUUGAGGCCUCCCAGCACCAUCAUCCCUUCCUCCCUGGCAAGCUCAACUUUAAGACAUCACCCUAAGGUGAGAAGAAUGAGCCGUAUGGAGGGUCUGAGGGCCAACUCGUCUCAGUUCACUCUGGAGGGAGAACCCUUCCGCAUCCUGGGGGGGUCCAUUCAUUACUUCCGUGUCCCCAGAGCCUACUGGGAGGACCGGCUGCUAAAGAUGAAGGCCUGUGGCCUCAAUACUCUGACAACAUAUGUGCCAUGGAAUCUGCAUGAGCCUGAGAGAGGAACAUUCAACUUCCAGGAUCAGUUGGACCUCAUGGCCUAUGUCAGUUUAGCCGCAGAGAUGGGUCUGUGGGUGAUCCUACGUCCUGGACCUUACAUCUGCGCUGAAUGGGACUUGGGCGGGUUGCCUAGCUGGUUGUUACAAGAUAAAGGCAUGCAGUUGAGGACAACUUAUCCUGGAUUUGUAAAUGCUGUCAACAACUACUUUGACAAGCUUGUCUCUGUAAUCAAACCUUUGAUGUUUGAAGAGGGAGGCCCAAUCAUUGCAGUUCAAGUUGAGAACGAGUAUGGAUCAUAUGCCAAAGAUGAGAAAUACAUGCCAUUUAUACAGAACUGUCUCCAGUCCAGAGGGAUCAAGGAGCUCCUGCUGACUUCAGACAACUGGGAGGGCCUGAGAUAUGGAGGCAUGGAGGGAGUUCUAAAAACAAUAAACCUUCAGAGACUGUCGUUUGGAGCUAUCCAGCACUUAGCUGACAUGCAGCCCCAGAAACCUCUUAUGGUGAUGGAGUAUUGGUCUGGCUGGUUUGAUGUCUGGGGAGAACAUCACCAUGUGUUCCAUCAUGAGGAUAUGCUAGCUGUUGUGUCAGAGAUCCUGGAGAGAGGUGUCUCUAUUAAUCUGUACAUGUUCCAUGGGGGAACCAGCUUUGGCUUCAUGAAUGGAGCGAUGGACUUUGGCACCUACAAACCUCAGGUCACCAGUUAUGAUUACGACGCUCCGCUAUCGGAGGCUGGAGAUUGCACCCCAAAAUAUCAAGUCUUGAGGAAUUUAUUCAGCCAUUACUACUCUGGGCCUCUUCCUGAAGUGCCCUCUCCUCAGGAGAGGAGAGCAUACGGCCCUGUUGCCAUCCAGCAGCACCUGUCACUGUGGGACAGCCUGUACUUCACUGACAAGCCAUACAGGUCAGAGAGGCCGGUGAACAUGGAGAAUCUCCCUGUCAACAAUAAAGAUGGUCAGUCAUAUGGUUACACACUGUAUGAAACCACCAUCACCAAUGGAGGAACCCUCACUUCCAGAAACAACAUCAGAGAUAGAGCACUGGUGUUUGUGGACAGACAAUGUGUUGGUAGUUUGGACUACAAGACUCAUGAACUGGCACUCCCUGAUGUACAGGGAGAGAAGACCUUGAGCUUGCUUGUGGAAAACUGUGGAAGAGUGAAUUAUGGUAAAGCUCUGGACGAUCAGCGCAAAGGCAUCGUGGGUGACAUUCUGUUGAAUCACGCCCCUCUUAGAGGAUUUACCAUCUUCUGUUUAGACAUGAAGCCAGGCUUUAUGAAAAGAUUAAUGAAUUCAGGUCAAUGGAAGUCUGACUUCAAGUCACCCUCCAUUCCAGGAUUUUUCCAGGCCAGACUGUAUGUGGAUGGUCCUCCCAGAGACACCUUCAUCAUACUGCCUGGUUGGGGUAAAGGAGCCGUGUUUGUCAAUGGGCAGAACCUUGGACGUCACUGGUUCAUUGGUCCCCAGCAUUUCCUUUAUCUCCCAGGACCUUGGCUCAGAAGUGGAGAAAAUCAGAUAGUUGUUUUCGAGGAACAAAAAGCAGAUGACAAAAUACUGUUUGCUGAAAAUCCUGAUCAUGGAAAGACAAGUGAUGUUUACAAACUCCCCUUUUGCUCACUGCUGUAAAAAUAAUGUACAGCAACAACACACUUUGAUGCACACUAUAA